UUGGGCGCCAGGAUGCAGAUUUUUGUCAAAACCCUCACGGGGAAGACUAUAACCCUCGAGGUUGAGCCUUCAGACACCAUCGAAAAUGUCAAGGCCAAAAUCCAAGAUAAAGAGGGAAUUCCUCCUGACCAGCAGAGGCUGAUCUUUGCCGGCAAGCAGCUGGAAGACGGACGCACUCUGUCCGACUACAACAUCCAGAAGGAGUCUACCCUCCACUUGGUGCUGCGGCUGCGCGGUGGAGCUAAGAAGAGGAAGAAGAAGUCUUACACCACCCCCAAGAAGAACAAACACAAGAGGAAGAAGGUCAAGCUGGCCGUGCUCAAGUACUACAAGGUGGACGAGAACGGUAAAAUCCACCGUCUCCGGCGUGAGUGUCCGGCGGACGAGUGCGGCGCCGGCGUGUUCAUGGCCAGCCACUUUGACCGCCACUAUUGCGGAAAGUGUUGCCUCACUUACUGCUUCAACAAGCCUGAGGAUAAGUAG